AUGCUCUACACCAGUUUCCAAACUGGCUCUAAUGGAAGACUCAAACUCUCUAUGGCUGUUCAACCAAAUGGUAUUGUUCUUGCCUGUUUCAAGGGAUGUCAGAAGUCUGGCAUUGCUGAUAGUAACCUGUGGUUCAUCACUCAAAAUCUUGUCCCCAAUCAUAUUUUCAACAAGUGGAAGGUUGGAUUGGACAUAGUGGGAACUGAUGAAGAGGCUAUGAGUGAGAGUGACAAUGAGGUGGUUGAGCUAUUGAGUUCCAUUGCUGACCUCGAAAUCACUACAGUGACUGGGACCAGCAAGAGGUUGCAUUCUAUUAAUGUCUUAUCCUCCCCUGAGGCUAUGGACUCCAAUAGGCGGUCCUUCUGCAAGAAACACAAAGGCAUAAAUACUGAUGCCCAACCUGCUUGGCCUCAUCAGCUGGGGGGGUCCAUUUCUGGCCCUGUUGAAGUGAAAGAUUUCUCAUCCAACAGUGAUGACAAUGCCCCGUCUCCACCAAAUCCAUGGUUCAUGCAAUUUGAACAGACAACAGUGGUGAAGGAUGGAGAUAUUUCCAACAUCGAUUUGUGA